AUGAAUUAAAAUAUAUUAGUUAUAGGUGCAGGAGUAGCUGGUUUAGCUUGUGCUUAAUAUUUAAUUAAAUAAGGUUGUAAUGUGAGAUUGUUUGAAGCAUCAAAUAGAUAUGGAGGUAGAGUUAAACCCUUAAUUGGAUUUAGUGAUAGACAUUUAGAGGCUGGUGGAUAAACAAUUCAUCAUCCAGAUAAUGAUUAUUAUAAAAUGGCUAUUGAAACAGGUGCUAAAUUAGAAAUUGGAGGAGAUUUAGUAGGAUCAAUUUAUGAUCCUAUACAAAAAAAAGUUAUUAGCUAUAAAGAAUUUGAAGAUCUAUAUAAAAAAGAGUCUUAAUCACUUGAUGAUUUUAUAAAUGAUAGAUUUUAAGAGGAUGAACCAGUUUUAUAAAGAUUAUAAAGAAAAGGAUAUAAUAUGGAGUUUAUUCAUUUAUUUUAUGCUUUAUAUGGUAGUGAAUAUGGUGCAUCUAUUGAAAAAAUAGGUGCUAGGGCAAUUGGAAGAUAUGAAUUUGAUAUGCCAAUGUUUGUAUCAGAUUAUGAAAUUGAAAAUUAUAUUCACCAUUAAAAUAUUAUAGAUAAAUUCUUCAAAGAAGCUAUUGAAAUAAUUGAAUAUAAUAAGUAAGUAAUAUCAAUAAAAAUUAUUAAUGAAAAAGUUUAAGUAUAAUUAAAUAAUGAUCCUAAUGAAUUUUCAUUUGAUUAUGCUAUUUGUUGUGUUCCUGUAACCUAACUUAAGAAAUUGAAAGUAGAUCCUGCUUUUGAUGAAUCAAGAUUAAAAUAGAUUAAUUUAAUUGGAAUGGAUAAAGGAGGUAAGUUCUUUAUUAAAUUGGAUAAAAAAUUCUUAUAACAUGAAGAGGAUUUCUUUUUACCUAAAUUCAAUCAUAAUUCCUUAUGGUGGGAUAGUUCAAGUGAAAAUUAAUCAAUUAUUAUUGGAUUAUUAGGAUUAAGUGCUCAUAAUAGAGUUAUGGAAAUAGGGAUUGAAUAAUUUGCUAAAGAGAUUGUAUAAACAAUAAAUGAAUAAUAUAAAGUUGAUUUGAAAGUAAUCUCAUAUCAUUAUGAAGAUUGGGGUAAUACACCUUUUAUUGAAGGAUUGUAUUCAUAUCCAAUGUCAGGAAUUGAUGAUAAUUAUAGAUAAAUAAUUUCAGCACCUUAUUAAAAUAGAUUAUAUUUUGCAGGAGAAGCAUAUCAUCCUAUUUACUAUUCUACAAUUCAUGGAGCUUAUGAAAGUGGAAUUAAAGCAGCUAAAGAAAUAAUUAAAUGAAA